GUGGAAAUGUUUCAACUGAGCAGAAGUUGCUGAGUCCACAUCAGAACACAUUCUGGCAGAAAACAAGGAACUUGGACGUACCAAAAUUAUAAAUGAUUUGGUGACAAGCUGAGCUUGCGAUGCAGGCAAUAAAAGCCGUGGAAGAAGAAGUUACUUUUAUAAAGGAAACACUUUUCACAGAAUCCUUCCUAAAGCACCAAGAGAGCAGCAGAAGCCCGGAGAGUAGGCAGCUCCGAGAGCAGCAGCCAUUGGAAGGAGCUGUCUGCGGCUCGCAGUGCUGCACUGAGCAUGUCCCGGCGGAGCCCAGCGCCAGCAGCACAUUAUGCAAAAAGGCAGCUCCAGCAGAUGGGAGAGAGGCACAGCGAGCGUUUGCUUCCCUUGCAUCACCACCGCUCGAAAACAAACCUGGAUCGCUAGAGGGGAUCGCAGCAGGCCGGAGGAAUGAGAUCCGGGAGGAUGGCUUGAUUGCCAAAGGUGUUGCACUGCGAACAAUCAUGGGGAAUCAAGAUGGGAAGCUGAAGAAAAAUACAGGUGAUGUGCAGGAAGGAGAAGAUGUCUCUGGGCCCAAGGAUACGGACGGCACAAAGAAGGUAACGGGAGGCAGAAGGGGACUGGGGAAGCAUGUGAAAGGAAGCGAAUCAGGGAAGAAGAAGGGUAAGUCGGACUCCAGGCCCUCUGUAUUUUCUAAUCUGAGGAUCAGAAAAAAUCUGUCCAAGGCUAAAGAUGGGAAUAGCAGUUCACGGGAGGAUGUUUUGGAAAGCCAGGCCUUGCAGCCUGGAGAGCUGGACAGUACUCAGUCGAUUGUAGCCAAAACUCCCGAUAUAAGCAUCUCUGCAGACGAAGGGGGUCUCUCAGACACAGAUGCUGAACAUUUUGAAACCAGAAAUGAAACCGUUCCAGCUGCUGCAGAGACACAGGAUGGACAAAGGACCAGCUCUGGCUCCGAUACAGAUAUAUACAGUUUCCAUUCAGCUGCAGAACAAGAGGAUUUGCUUUCUGAUAUCCAGCAAGCUAUUAGACUGCAGCAGCAGCAGCAGCAGCAGGGGGCAAUUAACACUGGAACUGAGGACCUUGCCACCACAACAAUGGGCCGACACAUGGCUAAUUCGCAAGCGACCCCCUUGGAUUUUGAACGUUUUUUUUCAGCAACUACCACUGACAAAGAGAGGAGCCCAGACACUGAGGGGGCUUUCCCAGCGGUGUCAGAGACGGUGGAAAGCGUUCCCGUCUCCCGUGCGACUGAAUGUGAAGCGAAAGAAGCGGUCAAUGGCACGGACUCUCCUGGUAACGGCGUGCUUGAAACACAGGAACGUCAGCUAUUGAGUGAGGAGCAGCGCAGGGCCCGAGUAGAUGCUGUAGCCAGUGAACUACAAGAUGGUUUGAGCAGAAAUGUGGUGGAAAAUGGGUCUGAGACACACAGCUCCACGCAGCCUCUUCCAACUUCAGUGGCAGAUGCUGAGGCUGAAAUUGCUGAAGUGCAGGCUGUUGAUUUUCAGGGCUCAGUAACAGAGGGUGGUAUUUCAGAUGCAGGCCGUUAUCAUGCAGCUGAGACUCAGGAAGGGAAGCACACUCUGCCAGCCAGUCAAGAGGGGCUGCAAAACGGUUUAUCCACGGAAAUGAAAAAUGGCAGUUUGUCCUCUCAAGGAGCAACAGACAGUCCGAUGCUUGGCUCCCGAUGUUUUAAGCCCUACCUAAUUAAUCCUUGUUACAUCAAAACCACAACUAGACAACUGAGUUCUCCCAACCAUUCACCUUCUCCCUCCCCAUCCCAGAGCCCGCUUUUCACGAGGAGGCAGGAGUCCUUCCACAAAAAGGAAAAAGUCUCAAUCAAGAAGAAGAGGUCUGCUAGUUUGGCAGGUUUGUUAAGUCGCUCUGCAGACUGGACAGAAGAGGUCUCUAAUCACAAAAGCGAGAUAACAGAGAAGGUGAGCUCUGCAGACUAUUUGGAGAACAAGGGGUUCAGAGAGAAAUUUCAAACAGAAAGAGUGCCUUUGACUCAGUCAAGAAAGUCCUCAGGGGUCCAGGCUUCUACAGAGAUAUUUCCCAAUGUCUUUUCAGGACGAACUCUGCUGGAAAAGCUCUUCAGCCAGCAGGAAAAUGCGCCGCAAGAAGAAGCAGAAAAGUUGUGUUCUCGCAUUAUUGCUAUGGGUCUUUUGCUUCCAUUCACUGACUGCUUCAGAGAGCCGUGUAGUCAGAGUGCCCAGCAAAGCACACCCACAUUUGAUCAAGACCAGCUUUAUACUUGGGCUGCAGUCAGCCAACCCACACAUUCAACAGAUUACAUUGAAGGAAACUUUCCAAGGAGAAUUCCAUCUGCGUGGCCCCCACCCAAACCUCCAGAUGAAGAACAGAGACCCAAAAUUUCAGAAGAAGAGCUGAAAUCUACAGUCCUAGAAACAGAGAAGCCAUGCACAGAUGGUAUUCAGCGGGCACAGAAAGAAGACUGUUCCACAGUACCUGGGUCCUGGGAUGAUUUUGAGGUGAAAUCAGAGGAGCGCACCAGUGUCAUCCAACAACUUGAGCAAACUAUUGAGGAUCUGAGGACAAAAAUUGCAGAGCUAGAGAAACAGUUCCCUGCUGCAGAGGUACAGACUGCUGGGCAGGAGCAGGAAAAUGAGCACACACGAGCAGACUCUGGGGAACUCAGCGGUGUGACUCUUCAAAGGGACCAAGAGGAGACCACACCCAGGACUGUGUCACAGGCCAGAUCUGUACAAACGUCACCAACGGAGGAUUAUUUAACGCGUACAAUGCCUUCAGCAAGUGCACUGCCACAGCCACCCCUGCCCCCGUACUUAGGAGGUGGCAAAAGUGAAGGGCCAACUCUAGAACUCCAGCCCACAUUUUGUUCUGAAAUUUCCUUAAUUCUGUCACCGAAGCUAAUCUCAGUGCCACUGGAUGCAAGCCAAUUAGUACAGAGCAUACCGCAGUCACCUCUUCCAGGAGCCAAAGUUGAUUUGUCCCUUGCAUUUGAAGGAGAGACUGAAAUGUCAGUUUCCCAUCAGCCUCUAAGUACUGCAGAUGUGACUUGUAGUGAACAUCCCCCUUCUUUGGUCUCAGAGACCACAUGUAGCAUUCCCCCAUCACUGCCAGGGACCCAACAGGCUGCCCCCCUGCCUGGAGCACAUGGCCCAUCCUUUGUUACUCCCAUGUCCAUGGCAGGAGUUCCACCCCCACCACCCCUACCUGGCUCAGGACUCCCUCCUUCUGCUGUCUCAGCAGUGCCACACCUGGACCACUCUUUCCCAGGUGCCAUGAUGUCACCACUACCUACCCCACAUUUGCCAACUGGGGAGACGUUGAUGCUGCCUCCAGCUCCUCCCCUCCCAUGUCAUGGAUUCCCUCCACCACCUCCACCACCUCCACCACCACCUUUGCUUGGAGCAGCAGUACCAUCUCCUCUACCUGGUUGGGGUAUUCCACCUCCCCCUCCACCACCACCACCUCUGCCUGAGGCUGGAGUCCCUCCCCCGCCUCCUCCUCUGCCUGGCCUGGGAUUGCCACCCCCAGCACCACCACUUCCCAGAGCAGGACUGCCACCACCUCCCCCACCUCUUCCUGGAGAGAGUAUCCCACACCCUCCUCCUCUGCCUGGCGCAGUUGUGCCUCCUCCACCUCUUCCACCUCCUCCACCUCCUCUGCCUGGUGCAGCUGUGCCUCCUCCACCUCCUCUGCCUGGUGCAGCUGUGCCCCCUCCACCUCUUCCACCUCCUCCACCUCCUCUGCCUGGUGCAGCUGUGCCUCCUCCACCUCCUCUGCCUGGUGCAGCUGUGCCCCCUCCACCUCCUCUGCCUGGUGCAUCUGUACCCCCACCACCACCUCUGCCUGGUGUAGGUGUGCCCCCCCCACCACCACCUCUGCCUGGUGUAGGUGUGCCCCCUCCACCCCCUCCUUUGCCUGGGUUGGGGAUACCUCCUCCGGCCCCACUACCAUUGCCUGGAAAUGCACCACCCCUUCCAGCAGCAAUGCAGGGCAGCACCUACCCAGCAGUCCCACAGGGUGGUGGUUUUCUUCCUCCUCCAUUACCAUCUGGUUUAUUUGCAAUGGGGAUGAAUCAGGAGAAAGCGAGCAGGAAGCACGUGAUAGAGCCUUCUCGGCCAAUGAAGCCUCUUUACUGGACAAGAAUUCAGCUCCACAGUAAAAGAGAUUCUAGUGCUUCACUUGUGUGGGAAAAAAUUGAAGAGCCUUCCAUAGAUUAUCAUGAGUUUGAAGAACUGUUUUCUAAAACAGCUGUUAAAGAGAGGAAGAAACCAAUUUCGGACACCAUUACAAAAACAAAGACUAAACAAGUUGUCAAGUUGUUAAGUAACAAAAGAUCUCAAGCUGUUGGAAUAUUAAUGUCUAGCCUUCAUUUAGACAUGAAGGACAUUCAGCAUGCUGUUGUGAACUUGGACAACUCUGUGGUCGACCUAGAGACUCUGCAAGCCCUGUAUGAGAAUAGAGCACAAUCAGAUGAACUGGAAAAAAUAGAAAAGCAUAGCAAGGCAUCCAAGGAUAAAGAAAAUGCCAAGUGUUUGGAUAAACCAGAACAGUUCCUCUAUGAGCUCUCACUGAUUCCCAACUUUUCAGAACGCGUGUUUUGCAUCCUGUUCCAAUCAACAUUUUCAGAAAGCAUUGGUUCAAUCCGUCGCAAACUUGAAUUGUUACAGAAACUGUGUGAGACAUUGAAAAAUGAGUCAGGAGUUAUGCGGGUUCUCGGUUUGGUUCUUGCCUUUGGAAAUUACAUGAAUGGUGGAAACAGGACACGAGGACAGGCUGAUGGGUUUGGACUAGAUAUCCUGCCAAAACUGAAAGAUGUCAAGAGCAGUGACAACAGCAGAAGUCUUCUAUCGUACAUUGUCUCAUAUUACUUGCGUAAUUUUGAUGAGGAUGCUGGAAGAGAACAAUGCAUCUUUCCUCUUCCGGAUCCACAAGAUCUCUUCCAGGCUUCACAGCUGAAGUUUGAUGAUUUUCAAAAAGAUCUCCGCAAAAUGAGGAAAGAUUUGCGAGCAUGUGAGACAGAAGCAGCAAAAGUUUAUCAGCUAUCACUAGAAGAGCACCUACAGCCCUUCAAAGACAACAUGGAGCGAUUCAUUAGUCAAGCCAAAACAGACCAAGAAAAUGAAGAGAAGUCACUGACAGAAACACAUAAAAGCUUUUUGGAAACUACAGCCUAUUUCUGUAUGAAACCAAAAAUGGGUGAGAAGGAGGUGUCCCCACAUUCUUUCUUCAGUAUUUGGCAUGAAUUCAGUUCUGACUUCAAAGACUUCUGGAAGAAGGAAAACAAACUUAUUCUUCAAGAAAGAGUCAAAGAAGCAGAGGAAGUCUGCAGGCAGAAAAAGGGGAAGUCACUAUACAAUAUAAGACCAAAACACGACUCUGGAAUUAAAGCAAAGAUAAGUAUGAAAAUCUGAGAGAAGAAAUUCAAAAGCCAUUGUUACCUGGUUACCGAAAUUCAACAUGCCUGUGGGUGGAGAGUGAGAGGGAAGGAAACUACAUCAUCCUGAUCAUUUGCUUCCUUGAUCUUUUAAAAUUUGUGUUGUGUUCUCUAGAGUUUUCCACCAGCUGAUGUGUUAUUAUACAUUCAUUCACAAAUGUAAUCACUUUAAUGGAGUGCCCAGAAAUAGAUUAGGUAUGAACUUGAAACACCUUCCCUGUACUCUGUAUCUCCUUUGCCACUCAAAAAU